CUUGAGAUGCUUCUAAGUUCAAAUGUCACAAUACGUCCUUGCUGUGCGACCUGGCUCACUAUAAAUAGCAGCAUCUUCAACUGAGGAGUAUCAUUCGUUGGACUGCUUUGCAAUAACCCACAACAACCUUUCAACAUGAAAUCGUUCAUUGUUCUCGCCCUGUUCGUGGCCGCGGCCGUCGCUGCUCCCGCCGCACCUCUCAGCCCUGAUGCUGCCGCAGAGAUCGUUGAAUUCGACAACGACAACAUCGGAGUCGGAGGCUACCGUUACAGAGUGAGAACCUCCAACGGCAUUCUCUCCGAAGAAGACGGUCAGCUGGUGGAUGUCGGUUCUGAGGACGAGGGUAUUUCAGUCCGUGGUCAAUUCUCCUACGUCGGCCCCGACGGUGUCAACUACCUGGUGGAAUACGUCGCCGACAAGAACGGUUUCCGGCCCGUCGGCAAACAUCUUCCCCAGAACGCUUAAAUCGUUAACACCUUAUCCAAUCUCUAGUCCAAAAAUACUCAUUCCCUAACCUUCUUACCCUCUUUAAAGAUCAUUUAAGCGAUCUGUGAUACCGUUCUGAUUUUGUAUAUUUGUUAAUAAACAUUACAUUAUAAUAAUUUA